AUGCAGGAACUAGCAAAACGUGAGUUUUUUUGGUGUAUAUUGAAGUCAAAAACGCCGGGGUUGCGACGAACCCCAAAGGCCACCCAAGCGCUCCUCUCCACUGGGCCUUCCACGGUCAUCGCCUCGGUCCGUGCGGUGCGCGAGAAGUGUUUCCGGGCCACGGAUGUGGAGCCGAGCAUCCACGCCUGCUUGGAAUGCAGCACGGCCGAGGAGGCCAUGGCCCUGGCGCAGGUGGAGCUGGCGCGGCUCCAAGGUGCCGGUUCUGCCCUGGGCUGUGCCCUGCGCAGCUGUCGAUGGUCCACGGAGCUGCGCAAGGCCUUUGAAGAUGAUCAGCUGUGGCAGGACUUCAUGUCGUUGGUGCCGUACUUGGAGAUGACUUUGUCCAAGCUUCAGGUCCUGUCAGACCUGGUCUUCCACCAGUUGGAGGAAGAUUUCAAGGUCGCUCCGCCAGACGUGGACUUAGAGAGUCCAUUGGACGGCGCCCAGACCAUCGCCUCGGUGGUCGAGGGCAGCGAUUCCUUUGCGGCGCUGUGGGCGGCGCAGGCGGAAGAAGAAGAUCCCAGCAACCACGCGGAGGCUCACGACGACACAGUUGCCCGUCUCGGCUCCGAUGGGGAGGAGGAGCGAGAAGCGACGGAAGCGAAGCCGAGGAAGAAAGGCAGGUUUAGCCACCCGAUCAUUGGGGGAUUCCAUAGGAAACUCUUUGGAAAAUCUCGAGGUAAAUGA